AUGUCAAGCUUUUUACAAUCUAUAGAUUAAUUUGGAAUUGAGGAAAAAGUGCUUUUUUAAAGAUCAAUUACAUCAAAAAAAAGUGUAUUUGGUGGCAUAAUGACAUUGUUUAUAUAUGGAGUUACUUUAGCAUAUUUUUUAUAUCAAUUUAUUGAUUGGAUAGAUAAUAAUAAGUUACCUAAAGUCACAUCUACCUCUAAGCAAAUUAAUCAUUCUGAAACUGUUGGGGCCAAAGGUAAAUUUUUAGAAAUAUCAUACUUUUCACAAUCUGAUAAAUAGAUUGAUCCAUUCAAUCCAACAUCCCUAAUUUACUAUCCAAAAUUAACUCUGAACCCUUCUUAAGUAUUUAUUUGUUAUAUUUUUAAGACAGAAAUUUAUGAUAUUUAAUUUGAAUAGGAGAUUUCAGAAGAUGGAAAAACAAUUAAUAAAUUUGUCCUUUAUGAUAUCGAAUUAAUGGGAUCUCCACCUUAAUAUUUGAAAUUGAACUAAAAAGAUUAUUAAAUAUCUUUUAAAAGAUGUAAUCCAGAAAUAUUGAAAGAGGGAAUGUAGUGUGCCAACGAAGCUACAUUUAAUUAAUAUAAAGAAUAAUUAAGUUUAUUCUAGAUUUAAAUUUAUAUUGAACAAUUUAAUAUAAAAACUAAAUAGCUAGAUAAAAUUCCAAAGUUUUAUAUCUUAAACAUGCUUACAAAUAAAAUCAUCUUUUAUACUUUUUAACUUGAAUGCAGCCUUAUUUCAAUCGAUGAUGGAUAUUUAUUCCCAAAUUCUAUUUUUUAAAAAUUCUUUCACAAUAUGUAUUAGCUAAUAUAAGAAUAUGAUGAAGAUUAUGCAAAAAAGUAUUUUGAUAAAGAUUUAGUUAUGGUUGUAUUUUUAACUUUAGAUUAAAUUAAAAAAGAGAGUCUUUAUGAAUAUCCUAAGAUUUCAGAAAUUCUUGCUGAAACAGGAUCUAUAAUAAGUUGGGUUUUCACUAUAUCGUAUUUAGUAACAUGGUAUAAUUAGGAAUUGAGUAUGUAGAAUAUUAAUUCAGAAGUAAUAUUAAUGUACUUUAAUGAUUUCAAAAAUUUAACAAUAAGUAAAAAUUGGUAUGGCAAAAUUACAAAUCUAUCUUUUAAGGAGAAAUCUUGUGAAAAACUUAAAAUGAUUAAACUUCUGAAUAAACUUCAAGAAUUGGCAAAAUAAAAGUUAGACUUUAAAACUAUUUUGCUUGAAUUAUCAAGGUAAAGUAUUUUACUAAUCACAGAAUAGAACGAGUUUUAGUCUUAUUAUUAGGAUAAGAAAAAAUUAAGUAAUUAUUAAAUAGACCAUAAAAAUUAGAAACCAUAAUUGAUAAAUAUAGUAUCAUAGAACAUAAAGAUGCUUCUGAUAUUUCUAAUUAAAUUGUAAUUUUUAUUAUAUUAUUCUAAGUAUCCUUAAGGAGAAUUGUCUAACGUUAAUUUAAAACCUGCAGAAAUUUUAGAUAAUGAAGGAUUGUUAAAUAUUGAAUUAUCACUUGAAUAAGAAUUAGAAUAACAGCUUUGUUUUUUUAGCUCAAUUGAUACUUUAAAUAAUUAAAUUCAAGAUAAAACUUAAUUCGUAAAUAUUAAAGAUAACUUUAAAUUAAAAAAGAUUGACUCCAAUAUAUUUCAAAAAGGAAAUUCUCCCUUAUAUCAAUAAGCACCUUGA